AUGGACAGGAUUGAGUUUACAGUUAACGGCGAAAAAUAUUCUGUGGGCAGCGAGGUGGACUCUGACGUAACAAUAAACGACUACAUCCGUAAUUUUCUGAACCUACGAGGUACUAAGUACAUGUGCAAACAGGGAACCUGUGGCACCUGUAUUGUAUCUGUUGCAGCUGAAGAUAUUUAUGGUCAUCGAAAGACAUUCUCUGUGAAUUCUUGUUUGGUCUCCAUUACAUCAUGUGAGGGUUGGAAUAUUACAACUAUAGAAGGAAUUGGCGGCCAACAAGGAUAUCAUCCCGUUCAGAAAACAUUAGCAGAGUACAACGGUACUCAAUGUGGAUACUGCAGCCCUGGCUGGGUUAUGAGUAUGUACAGUUUACUCGAGAGUCAUAAAUAUGGUUUAACUCCAACACAAAUAGAAGAUUCAUUUGGUAGUAAUACAUGCAGAUGUACUGGAUAUAGACCAAUUCUUGAUGCAUUUAAAAGUUUUGCCACUAAUAACGCCGAUACAUAUCUUCCGGAUAUAGAAGAUUUGAAGAUAUGUAAAAAAGAAGCAAAAUGUAAGAAACUAGGCGAGGUCCAAUUAAACUGUGACAAAAGUUGGUGUAUUGUCAGAAAGGAAAACUUUGCAGAAAAGAUUAAAAAGAUUUUAUUGAAGGACAAUCGCGUAUGGUAUCGUGUGAAUGAAGUACAAGAUAUCUUCAAAGUGUUCGAAAUGGAAGGUACAGCUUCUUAUAUGUUGGUUAAUGGCAAUACUGGAAGGGGCGCUGUGCCCAUUUUUGCAUUCCCGAAAGUCCUAAUAGAUAUAAAGCCAGUGCAAGAGCUGAAGAACUACUACAUAGACCAGAAUCUAGUAAUUGGUGCUGGAAUGGCUCUAAACGAUCUCAUAGAUCUUUUUGAACAAGUGUCGAAAAAACACGAUGAAUUUUCUUAUUUGCAGAAACUCUCCGAACAUUUAAAUUUGGUUGCACAUAUACCCGUCAGAAAUAUAGCUUCAAUAGCUGGUAAUCUGAUGCUAAAACAUAGAGAGCAAACGUUUUCGUCAGACGUUUUUCUGCUUCUUGAGACGGUCUGCGCUAUUUUAACAAUUGCUAGUGUUAAUGGUUCUGAGCAAAUGACUCCAGAGGCUUUUCUUGGCGUAGAUAUGACGGGAAAAUUAAUCACACAAGUCAAAUUCCCACCAUUAUCAAAAAGUUAUAGGUUCAUAUCAUUUAAGGUUAUGCCUCGCGCCCAAAAUGCUCAUGCACAAGUUAAUGCAGCGUUUCUUUAUGAGUUAAACCUAAAUGAUCAAGAAACAGUAACAUCUGCUAGAAUAGUUAUAGGAGGGCUAUCUUCCAAAUUUGUACAUGCCGUUAAAACCGAGAAAUUCUUGAGAGGAAGGAAGCUAUUCACUAAUGAAACGUUACAAUUGGCCCUGCAUGUAUUAGAAGAUGAGCUUGUAGUUCAGGAGAUAAGGGGAUUUUUAUCAUCAGAAUAUAGAAAAAAGUGUGCCCUAGGUUUAUUUUAUAAGGGCUUACUAAAUCUUAUUCCUGAAAAGAAGCUAAAGCCGCGAUACAGAUCUGGUGCUAGAGACUUUAGAAAAAGUAGACCUCUAUCAAAAGGAUCACAGGAAUUUGAUACUAAUCCAAUAAUUUGGCCGUUAAAUGAGCCCAUUCCCAGGCUAGAAGCAUUGAUACAGUGCUCAGGAGAAGCUACAUAUGCAAAUGAUAUUCCAACUAUACCCAGAGAAGUAUUCUGUGCUUUUGUCCCCUCUGAAAUCACAGUUGGAGAAAUUGAAGACAUUGAUCCAUCGUUAGCAAUUAAACUACCGGGUGUAUUGGCAUUCCUUUCGGCAAAGGAUAUACCUGGUUCAAAUAAUUUUAUACCUACAAAUAUUGAAGGUGGUUUAGCUAAAGAAGAAAUAAUUUGUGAACGCAAUGUGAAGUACUAUAAUCAACCUAUAGGUAUAAUUGUAGCUGAAACUGAGAAGCUUGCUAACCGCGCUGCAUUACUCGUAAAGGCUAAGUAUAAAAACAUCAAAAAACAACCUGUAUUAACCAUUAGUGACGCAAUAACUAGGGAACCUGAACGAGUAUCAGUUUUUAUUAUUAUUCCUGCUAGAAAUAAGGGUUUAGAUGUUAAGAAAGUUAUUAAGGGACGGAGUAACAUUUUCUGGCAAUAUCAUUAUCAUAUGGAGACCCAAACUUGUGUCACCAAACCGAAUGAAGAUGGAAUAGAAGUAUUAGCGGCAACCCAAUGGCCAGAUCAAGUACACGUUGGAAUAUCUCAAGCGUUGAAAAUUGCACAAAAUAGGAUAAACUUAUCCAUAACACGAUUGGGAGGAGCAUUCGGUGCCAAGAUAUUUCGAAAUGGCAUGAUAGCCUGUGCUUGUGCCCUUGUGACACAUUUAACGAAUCGACCAUGUCGCUUUGUUAUGAGUAUGCAAGCCAAUAUGAGAAUAGUCGGUAAACGAAGCCCUUCUUUGUGGGAUUAUGAAGUUGGAGUAAAUAAUGUUGGCGAAGUUCAAUACUUGGAAUAUCAUCUAUACGAAGAUAAUGGGUAUAUUGUCAGUGACCCACUAUUAGUAUUUGCAAUAUCUGCUGUGAAGAAUUGCUAUGAUAACAAAAGGUGGCAGUAUAAAUUAUUUAAUGUAACUACGGAUACAGCUUCCAAUACAUAUGCUAGAUCACCUGGGGCACUUGAAGCAAUAGCCAUGACUGAACAUAUUAUGGAACGCAUAUCAUAUGUGCUUGACAGAGAUCCGUUGCAAGUUCGUCUAAGUAACUUAAAUCCGUUAUAUACAGAUAUAGCAGAAAUAGUUUCGACUUUGAUUGAAGAUAGUGAAUAUAAAAAACGGAGGGAGGAAGUACAAACAUUUAACAAAUUAAACCGUUGGAAGAAACGAGGGCUUAGAUUAGCACUCAUGAGCUGGCCUGCUUCAACUGUAAUGGAUUUUCAUAUCUUAAUGACUGUUUAUCACGGUGAUGGUUCUGUGGAAGUAAGGCACGGAGGAAUAGAAAUUGGCCAGGGAAUUAACACAAAAGUUGCUCAAACUGUAGCAUACGUGCUACAAAUUCCCUUAAACAAAGUGAAGAUCAAACCUACUACUGUUUCAACAAACCCAAACACCAUUAUCACCGGAGGUAGUCGUACAACACAUGCUGUUUGUUUUGGUGCUAUCAAAUGUUGCCAAAUUAUUUUAGAUCGUUUGUCUAUAGUUAGAGAAAUAUUAAAUGAGCCUACUUGGGAGUUAUUAAUAGAAACCGCAUAUAUGCGAGGUAUAAAUCUUCAAGCCAGUUACAGAGUAACACCUAAUGACGAAGAACCUUAUAGAUCGGCAGGAGCGGUAGUCACGGAAGUUGAACUUGACAUUUUGACAGGAGAACAUGAAAUUUUAAGAGUUGAUAUUAUGCAAGAUGUUGGUUUGAGUAUAAAUCCAAAAUUGGAUAUCGGGCAGAUAGAGGGGGCUUUUAUUAUGGGAACUGGUUAUUGGACAUGUGAACACUUGAUCUACGACAAUAAUACUGGGGAAUUGCUCACCGAUCGGGCUUGGAACUAUCAUGUGCCUCUAGCUAAGGAUAUACCUAUUGACUUUAGAAUUAAGCUGCGAAAAAAUUCAUUCAGUCCAAUUGGUACUUUGGGAGCUAAGUCGGUGACGGAACCACCUACGUGCUUAGCAGUCAGCGUAGCUUUUGCCUUAAGGGAAGCUAUAGUCGCAUCGCGUGAAGAUUCUGGAUAUUCGAGGACGGAGUGGUUUGAAGUCGAUGGACCGUUUACAUUGGAGACGAACGUUAUUAAAGCUGAAACAAAUCUGAAGGAGUUUUUAUUUGAGUGA